AUGGCAAAAUUGGCUUGUAGGCUUGUGGACUCGUGGUUAAAUCCCACCCAAACCCGCUCUGAAUUGCAGGGUUUUUGGCUUCAGGGUUUUGCAGUUUCAGGAGAAGAGGAUGAAAGUCAAGAUCUUGCGUGGCAUGCUGUUGCUGCAUGGACAUGGGAUGCUCAGGACGAAACAUGUGGCAUUUGUAGGAUGGCAUUUGAUGGUUGUUGUCCUGAUUGUAAGCUCCCUGGGGAUGAUUGCCCACUAAUUUGGGGUGCAUGCAACCAUGCAUUUCAUCUUCAUUGCAUCCUAAAAUGGGUAAAUUCACAGACUUCUCAAGCGCAUUGCCCCAUGUGCCGGAGGGAGUGGCAGUUCAAAGGAUGAGAGAAAACUUGGGAUCCCUUUUAAGGAAUUCCGGCCCCCUUCUCUCUCUGUCUUAACAUGCAGGGAUUGCCAGUGCAGUUGCAAAUGUUCGGUUGUAUAUUAAACUGAGGCAACAUACAUUUUGUGUAUCUGGUUAUCUAUGCUGAGGCAACUGCUCAAGGUUUCAGUUAUCAAUCAUUUGAUGUAUCCCCUCCAAAUCUUGUGUUUAUGUAACCUCUCUAUCGAACUAUAAACGACUAUAACUGAUCCUUUUUUUUUCUUCUUUGGUUUAUGUGUUAUCAGAACCCAUAUACCUAGAAGGUUAUUCUAAAGUUUGCAUUCGAUUAAGGGCUUUCUUGUGGACUGAGACCGCUAUCCUCUAAUUUGCUCACUUGGAUCA